AUGGCCGGGAUAAAUUCUUCGCCGGCGACGAUUAAGCUCGUCUUCGUUCUAUUCCUCUGUCUCGCAGUCUCACCCCCAUCACCCAAUUUCGUAAAUGGCUUCUCUUUCCCUUUCUCCUUCUCACAGUACAAAGCCCUAAUCUCAACCUCACGAUCCCUCCUCCUCCGCGUCGCAAACCUACGCGACUCGCGAGGAGACGCGUCGGGAUCUAAUCGUGUACGAGCCAUGGCCGACGAGAUCGAUCGUGGGCUAGGGAUAGGAUUUCUGAGCAGAGCGUGGUCUGUUGGGUGGGAUUACAUGUGGAACUACGCUUGGAGAAAAGGAGGAAUUGACUACGGUGAGAUGUACGGUGCGAUUGGUGAUCUCAAUGAGCUUAUGGGAUUGGUUACUGAAUUCAAUCGAGCUGAAUCGAAUGCUGAGAAAGCAAGCUCUGUUGCUCGGAGUUAUGGCAAAGCCCUCCGUGUUUCGAAACAAUUGCUUCGUCGUCUUCUUAGAAUCUUUGGUAAAUCGGGAGCAUUGAGGGAGUUUUGGGAGAUGGUGCAAGCUGAAGUAGUAGAUGGAGAGUUAUUACAAGACUGUCUCGAAGUUGGGAGCUACGACGUUAAGAGUUUGCUUCAAAUAGCUAAAGACAUGGCUCUACAAUACUUUUCUUCUGGAAGCAGUUCCUCAGAUGAAUUAUAG